CUUGGCGUUCGUAUCGCGCGCUCGCGUCACCAUGGAUUGUGCUCUGUGUGACAUGUGCUUCUGAAAUUUGGUGUUUUUGUGCCGGACCUGUCGUGUGAUAAAGCAUGAUGCCUCUCGCACCGACCCCUGUGGUGGCGGUGCCAUCGAAGCCGAAGAUCGGAUUCAGUAUAGACAGUAUAGUGGGUGGUUCGGAGCGGCCGAAGCAGGCGUCGCCGCCGCUGGCUAGCCCGGGGUCGCCGUCGCCGGUGGCGUCUCCGCGGAGUCCGUCGCCGCGGCCGCUGCUGAGGCCGAGCGCGCUGCCAGCAGUGUUCCCCUCACCUGAAUUGAAGAGGCUUCCAUACUUGGAUGCGCAGAGCCACCACCACCAGUUCUUGGCUCACUUCCAAGGGGCUGCGCUGGCGGCGGCGCUGGCACACCAGCAGCAAGGGUUUGGAGCUCCGCUGCCGCCGCACCCACCCCCGCACCCCGCCGCUCCAGUGCCUCGAGACUCCUAUCAGCUGUACCCCUGGCUCAUCAACAGGCACGGACGGAUAUUCCCUCAUAGAUUUCCUGGAGGUCCAGACAUCCCCGGUUUCCUCCUACAGCCCUUCAGGAAGCCCAAGAGGAUCAGAACAGCAUUCUCCCCCUCACAACUUUUAAAACUCGAACACGCGUUCGAGAAGAACCACUACGUGGUGGGCGCAGAACGCAAGCAGCUCGCCCAAGCCCUCAGUUUGACAGAAACGCAGGUGAAAGUUUGGUUCCAAAACAGAAGAACGAAACACAAACGGAUGCAGCAAGAAGAAGAAGCGAAAACCGGAUCAAAAUCCGGUUCUUCUAGUUCCAAACCGGAUGACAACCAAUUCAACAACUCUUACGAAGAGGACGAAGAACUAAUAGAUAUGGACAUGGAUGACUUAAGUGAAAGUGAAAAUGAGACGUAGGAAUUCAGUGAAAUGACACUUUGUAAAUAUUAGAUUUAAUUUUUACCCCUAAGUUCUAAGUAAGUAUUUAUUUAUGGCCGAAGGUUCUUACAUAAUAUGGGAAAUUGUUUUAACCGGCUCGGAUGAGGAAACACGUCGAUGUUAUACACAGGCACAUUUAAAUGCAUAUUUUGUAUUUUUUUUUUAAUAUUAUUGAUUAAUAAGGAAAGUCCACACCACAUUCCCGAGAAAUGCAAUUUUCGGAGGUAUGUGACCUAACCUAUAUUGGGCUGGUUUUCGCAUCGCGGGUUGGAAAGUCAGACAGGCAGUCGCUUCUGAAAAAACCGGACCUGUCAAAUCUUCAGGUUAGGUAAGUGGACCCUGUGGAAAACGGGAUAUUGCUAAUGCUGAUGAUUUAGAAAAAAACUAGCUAUUUCUAUUGACGUUAAGUUUUGGUAAUAAAUACUACAUACGAAUUUGGAUACGUAAUUAAUAACUCGGUAACGUUUUGUCGUUUAAGAAUAAAUCUGAAUUAAUUUUGGCUGAUGGCUUUGCUGCUCCAUAACCUGGUCAUUUGAAAAAAUAAAAUUCAAAAAUAACUUUAUUCAGUAGGUAACAUAGAGUUACAAUUUGAAUCGUCAUUUUUUACAUAACGAACGUCUCAUCCGCCUAAAACUACUGCAGCUUCUCACAACCUGUAUAGCCGGGGAAAAGACUGAAAGAAAAACCUCGCCACAGAGCCCUUAGUUCUUUAAAAAAAAAAACGAAAAAUAUUGUUAUACAAUUUAGUAAUUCAUUUAGCUGGGUAAUAAUUCUUUCUAUCACUUUUAACAAUUAUUCGUCUUGUUUUUUUGGAUAAUAAUAGCAACAAAUAUUCGAAUACGUUAUUCUUACAUUGGUAAUAAUGUAAACAUAACACAAGCUCACGACUAUAUCCUAAUUGGGGUAGUCAGAGGUACAUCCAUCGCAAGAUGAACUAAGUACCCACACCUCACCGAGCUUUCUGUUAGACCAACGUGAUAGGUGGUGAGCCAUAUCGUCGUCUGUAAUGGUCGAGCCAACUGUGUUAGUGAAAAAUGCAUUUGAGAUAAAUUUAUAACUCAUUGGUGCAAAUCCAGUACAAGGGUUUGGAGUUUUUAAUAAUGCUAGAACACUGUCGCACUAUCAUAUUUGACUUUUAAUGAGACUUGCGAUUUAAUUUGUCAAAAAAGUUAAUGUGACAUGUUUUCAAAGUGUAUACUUAUUAGUACUCGUGACCGUACUUAUUUUCAAAUUUAAAUCAUAAUCUUAGGCUGUUUGUAAAUAGUGAGUCACACGGUUUGGAUCCAGUCCAAAUAUUUACAGCUCACAUCAUUAGACAAAGGAAACCCCGGUCAGAAUUCCACAAGCUGUCAAGUUCAUAACAAAACUGGCCCAUCAUUUAUAAAAAUUAGAAGCCAUGUCAUUAAAUUAACCGGUCGAAAUAUGGCGGAACGCACCGCUCUUUCACGAGUUAUUAGAUAACAAAAUUGGCCGUAUUAUAAUAGUUUUGGUUCUAAAUUAAUUAAAAACGCCUCUUCCUAAGUGAUGUGGGUAUAAUUAGAUGUUUAGAUCCAAAACGCCGAUAGGCAGUUUCUAACGAGUGCUGUCAACGAUAGAGACGGAAGAUACUAUAGCGACGCGCUAGAGUGGGAUAGAAAUAGAUUUAUGAUGGAGACGAAUUUGUAUGGUCGGGAGAAAAAGUCGAUAGUCGUUUGGCCGCAAUGUGUUUAUGACGCCACAUAAUUAUUAGGAAUUUAAAAUUAGAAUAGGUGUCAAAUUACAAUGCUGGCUGUUUAUUAUGUGAAAAUGAUUCAUUAAAAUAUUUAAAUCUACUUUUUUCGGAAAUUAACGAUUUAUAACGUGAAGCAUUCUAAAUUGAAAAUCAUUAAUGGCUCCGAUUGCUGCAGACACCUCCUAAUUUUAUUUUAAGUUAUACCCGUCAUUUUCUUAUCCGCCUAAAAAGAAAGGGCCUAAAAAUAAUUGACAACUGUUAAUGUUAGAAUGAAAGAAUACAAUAGGCAUCUCGCUCAUAUGAAAUACGUUUGACGUGUGCUGUCAACUUAAUUCUGUCUGGUUAUUGGCCAAUAUAAAAUUUUGGAACGGUUUUUUAAAUUUCUGCCUGAAAUUAUGUUUCAUAAAUAUGUUUUUUUCUAUAUUUUGUCCCGUCCUCGCCCGUCCCUUACCUUUUUGGCGGAUAAGAAAAUGACAGGUAUAACUUAAAAUAAACUUAGACGGUGUGACCGGAAUCAGCACCACUGUAUACUUAUCAGCUUAUAAAAAUAAACGAUCUCAUUAAAAACUUUUA